UGGGAUUUUUCUGUUUAUGCCUCAACGUGGGUUUGUUUGAUGGCAUUUUGAAGUCUAAGUAGUGAGAUGAAAAGUUACCUGAAUAGACACAAAUAAUUGUUUUAAUCAAAAUGAGUAAAAAGCGCCCCAGCGAUGCCCCCGUGGAGUCGGAGGCUCCGGCGAAAAGGGAGAAAGCGCCGGAGUUUAACGGGACUGUGUUCAAAACCAUGCUGAAAAAUCCCACCACAGCCAUGAAAGGGCUGGAAAGAUUCAUAUCAACCGCGAAGAAGCUACCAAGCUCCGACCUGUAUGAUGUGGUCGAGGGUUAUAUUAAAAUAUCGAUGGAGUGUGCCGAAAUAUUCAAGUUGCUUGAAGCAGAAAAGCCCCUAGAGACCGAGAUGAUGCUGAUUUUUGGGAGCUUGGAAGUUAUCCUUCUGAGGACAGCCAGUGAUCUCUCCCACUUCAACAUGGUCGGCAAUGUAAUAGUGAAAAAGAUCGCUUCUAACUACAUGAAGCUUUUGCAAGGGUCUUUUCAUUCACCGAAUCACGGAUUUGUCCGUCAGUGCCUCAAUCUGCUGUCUGCCAUGGUGUCUCAGGGUGCUGAAGCUGCCAGAGAAGUCUUCAGUCAUGUUCAAAUCAAAACACUUUUUGGACUGGCCAAGAGAAAAGAUAAAAAGGGUAAACCUGAUGUCAGACUGGCUUUUAUCCAGUUUGUCCUGUCCUUUUUAGUAUCUGGAGAUAGUGCAAUCAUUGGGCAGGUUUUAGAGGUUAAAGAACUCCUGCCACAAAUCCUGAACACGGGUCUGAAGGAGGACAGGAUGUCCACUGUCAAUUUGAUUCUGUCAACACUGAAGACAAGAAUUGUGUUAAACAAAGCCAUCAGUAAAACGCAGAAAGUGCGCUUUUUCACCCCUGCUGUGUUGGCCAAUAUCGCAUCUCUGUACAAAUGGAAUGGGAUUGUUGAUGCGACUGCUGAUGAUGACACAAUGGCAGAGGACUCGGAUGCUGCUGGGAUAUCGGUUGUCCGGGAUCUUGUCCACAGAUUCCUCAUUGACCUCUGCUGCUCUCGAAAGCACGGCAUCAGCUUCCACGAUACCAGCUUUGGCACCUCUGGCAGACCUGGCAACCUCGUCUUGCUUCAGUUCUUGGCUGGACUGAAACAGGCGACUGAGGAUGAGCUGGUGGCAGAGCUGGUGGUGAAUAUACUGAAAGAAAGUCCCGACAUCUUGUCCAGAUUUUUCAAGGAGUCUCAAUUUUCAUACACCCCGCGAAUCAGAAGUGCUUGGCACGACAAUGUCAAGCUCCUUAAAAGGAUUUAUGAGGCCCAGCCAGAGAUUUCUACAAUCUUUCACAGCGGGGAGAUGAUUCCUUUGCCUCGUUUGUUGUCCAUGGUUAUGGUCAUCUCUCUUCCCCCUGUGUGCAACAAGGCAUUCUUUACACAGGGUCUCAAUCUUUCAAACUCAGCAGUGCAGCUUACAACUAUGUCCAUGAUCAAUUUCAUUCUGAACAAAGCCAAUAAGAGCAUAGAGUAUCUUUUGGACAAAUCAGUGUUGCAUCAGUCAAAUCUGUACACUGUUGAAAUGAUGGAGGAGCUUGUGCAGCAAUACAGGGAGACUCUUGGCAAGAUUUUGCCUGAUAUAACACUGAUAAUUUCAACAUGGCAAUCUCUGAGCAAGAAAGAAAAGGCAGAUGGUGAGAAGAAGAUCAAAAGUGAAGAACUGGCUGACAAUAAAAAUGAAGUUCCUGUUGCAGAGAAGGCUGAGGUCAUUGUGCUGAAGGCCUUUAUUCUUCAAGUCAUAUGUCUUUACCAGAAAGUGGUCCCACAUCUUGUUACACAGUGCAAAUUUGACUUCAGCAAACUACUGAAAGGAAUUGUGUCUGAGAAAGGAAUGAAAGAGGAGAUACCUCCGGUCUUGCAGUAUCAAAUACUCCAACUGGCUUUAGAUCUCCCUGCAAACAAGUUUUCCUGGUUUCGCUUGCAGGAUGUUGCAAAUUCAGAAUCAUCGUCUGGUGAGAAGUCUGUCCUCUACCUACUUUUGAAAAUGUUUGUGUCCAGCAGCAGCAGCCACCUGAGCUCCACCACACGGAAGCUAAUUCUAAAAGUGCUGAGGGACACUGGGGUGUUUGAGUACACCUUCACUGAGUUCAACCUCUGGCUGGACCAGCUGGCAAGAAUAAAAUCAAACCAACAGGAGACAGUCAUCCAGUUCUUGGAGAGGGUGUUGGUCAAAUUGGUGUGCAACUCCUACGAUUACACAGACAGAGUCGCUGGUUUCGUUCAGGAAGCAGCAAAUAUCCAAGCUAAUCUGAGCGUCCAGGAGGGGGAGACAGCGAGUGUUCCAGUGUCUCACAUCGAUGAUGUUUUAGACAUGCUGGACGUCAUUAUGGAGGGCAGUGAGGGUGAGAUGGAAGAGUUUGGGCCGUCUCUGAGCGAAGACCUCAUCAUCCAAACCUUCCCAUUCAGUGCGGCAGUGCCUGCCGCUCUGGAAGCUCGGAACAAACUUCCUGCAGACAAAGGAAUUGUGUGUGAGUACCUGUCAGCUGUGCUGUCUGAUUUGCUACACUGUCAGAGAGACCCUCUGCCCCUCUGUCUGGCCCUUCAGCAAUAUGAUAAAGAGCUAGUCUCUUCCCAACUCCCUCCUCUUCAUCAGUCCAUCGCAGAGCUGCAUCAGUAUUACACCAGAUGGCUGCCGCAGCAGUGCAGGGAGGAGCUGUUCAUAUCUUCUGAAAGCUUUUCCAAGGAUCUGGCAGCCCCAAGCUCGUACUCUUCCUUAAUAAAAGCUGCGUACAUUCAGGGACCAGGUGCUUUGCUUGAGGACUGUUUCAGACAAGAUGCAGAAAAAGCUCUAGCUGUCAUGUCACUGUCAGAGUUUCCAGUAUUAAUCAAGCAGAUUUUACUUUACAUUAAAUCCACAGUGGAAAGCUUCGGAAAGUUCUCCAAAGAACUCGGAGAUGCAUUUCUUAGGACCCUGAUGGAAAUGCUCCAGGAUGUAGUAACCAAACUACAAAGUUUUGAGGAAGCUACAAGUUCAGAUGCAGUCAUGGAAAACUCCCAGGAGGGAUCGGAUCUCUUCUUGGAACUAAACCAGUCACAGACGGUAGAAUGCAAUAAAGAACAGGUUGUUGUUUCAGCUCUGGGCUCCGUCUUCAAGCAUCCGUGUCUGGAGCAGUGGUUUCUGGCUCUGGAGCUGGCUGCGUUGCCUCCUCACUCUCUGAAACCUGUUGCACUGAAGCGCUUAUGUGCUCAGCUGACCGAGCAAAUCCUGAGCCUACUGAAGAUCAGCGCUCCUGCUCUCGAUGAACUCAAUCGUCUGGAGCUUAUUUCUGGCUACAUGGCAGCUAUAGAACGGGCUGCAUUGAAGGAACUGGCUGAAAGGGGUUCCCACCCCGCAAAGACGUACUCUAAGUCUUUUCAGGCACUCCUUUCUUUGCACAGCUACAUGGACUCUAGUAAUCUCCGAGAAUUGGUGUCUAGGCUGCUUCUCCUGCCUCAGAAAAGCCUCAUCUGUCCCAGCACUGAAGGGCCACAAUCUGAGCUGAGCGUUUAUGGGCAUGUGGCUCUGCAAAUCCUCACAAAGUGUUAUUCUGCUUCUUCUCAGAACCAGAACAUAUUUCUGACACAAGCACACUUCCAUGGCUUAGGCGCUCUUCUUCUGUCCUGCUCCAGCCCUGAGCUGGACGCCUUCCUGCUGCAGGCUCUGUCCAGCAGGCCGGGCAGUGCCAAGCUUAUCCACACAGAUGUGCUGCUUCGCUGCCUGCGGCGCUCUCGCCCAGACUCUCUGGCUGUUGUCUCUUUUCUGCUGCAGAACAGCUCAUCUCACCGCCUCUGCUUUGAAAUGUGGUGUGAAGAACCCACCAAUAUGGAGGUGUUGUCAGAGACAAAGGUUUUCCUCCCACUGAUCAAUACCUAUUUAAAGGUGGCACAAAGAGAAGACCCAGCAAGACCAAAAGAGGUGCAAAAAGAGGUUUUAAAACCCAUGAAAAAAGCACUCCUUUCUAUGUUUUCUCAAAGUAUUUUGGGAAACCUGAGUGAGGACCAUGGAGUCCAUCUUGUAGAAGCUGCUGCAAGUCUGAUCAAACUCUCUGCAGAUGUGAACGAUAUCCAAGCUUUGAUCAACAAUCUUCCAGAUUUUCUUCAAAAGCCAGAAAGUUUUGAAAGAUGGAAUCUAGUAGACAUUAUAACAGAAAAGCUGGCUGACCGCACAGACGAGCAAGAAAAAUGGAGGAGAUCAGUUGUCGCUGCCGCCUUAAAGUGUUUAAUAGCUUCUUACUGCCACUCUAAAGAUCAGACCGACCAGGAGGAGGGGAUCUUAAAAAGACUGCAGCAACUCCUGAAAUCUGCUGAAGAUAUCAGUGUAUCUGACUGGAACAGUUUUGUCAAAAAUGGAUUGAAGUAUCGGUACUGUAAUCAGCAUUUUCUCAACACCUUGAGCAGUCUGUUGGAAGUUAUGUACGGAAGUGCAGAACACCAAAAGGAGCUGAUUCCUUUAUCCUCUCUUCAUCUGAUGACCACAAGCCAUUCCCAGUUCCUACCAGUUAUGCUGGACUCCAGUGAAGAGUCUAACAAGUAUCAAGUCAAAGAAGCGUUGGUUUCACUACUUCUGUGUCUGGUACAGAAAUGCCCAAAGGUGUGCAACAUAAAUCACUUUAUUGUACUUUUGGCAGCCUAUGGAGCCACACUUUCAACUUCAGAUCAAAAACUGUUAAUGCUUCUUCGGCAAUAUGAAAGACACCAAGUCAGCUUGCUGAAAUUUCAAUCGCUCCUAUGGGGCCCUGCGGCUAUAGAGCAUCACAAAACCAGAAAAACGCUGGGAGCCUCUCUGUGGAAGCAGCCGAGCUCAGACGAAGUUUUGGCACUGCUAAAAGCCGACAAGAUGCUCCAAACAGUUUUAAAGUUUCCACAGGAGCGCAGAAUCAUCCCCCAGGAUGAUUCCGAGUUGCUGCACAGUAAAGAUGGAGUGGAGAACCUGGAGGAUUUGUAUGAUCCGUGUUUCCUUUUGCCACUUUUCAGUGCCAUAUUGCGACCAGAAUGUGUUAUUGACUGCUUUAAAUUCGUGUCCUGCAACGCCCUUGGAGUAACUGUGAUGGCUCUUAGUAGCUUUGAUCCGAACAUGAGAGCCGCUGCAUACCAUGUACUGGCCUGUUUUUACCAACAUCUGGAGGGCGCUCGCUUCAGAGAGAAGAGACAGCUGCUGUAUUUGAUGGACAACCUCAAGAAUGGAAUUCCAAAGCUGAAUCAGAAGCUUCCAUUUGUCCUGGCUAUUUAUAUCAGCAAAGUGGCUCAGCAGAUGCUCAGACCCGAGAACCACAUGUAUGUGGUGUUAAACAGAUUUUUGCUGUCACGCCAAAGUUUAGACUUGAGAAGAGUUCCAGAGUUCUUCAAGCUGUUUUAUGGUUUUGACCAGGAGCACAAAGUGGAGCGUGAGUGGAUCCUGAAUCUGCUGCGAGAAGGAAUAAGUGAUGGACACAGCUAUGAACUGUGCAGCCAUCAACAUAUCUUUCAGGUCCUUUUGGGUUUCAGCAGCAGCCCCCUGUGCAGUGAAUACAUCCAGGCACAGAUAAUCAAGGUGUUGUGUCAGGCUGCCCGUGUGCCAAAAGCAGUUUAUGACCUCACCAAGAACUGUGGACUCCUGAGCUGGAUGAUACAAGUAGUUGAUAAGAAGAAUCUGACCCAGCAAACAAUAUCUGUGGUCAUUGAUCUGCUUCAUACUCUGUGGUUUACCAGCCUUGGGCAGAAGGAGAAGAAGGUUGAUGGAAAUGGUGCCAUCUUGUCCAUUGAGGAUGAACCUUUGUGUUUAGUGAAAUGUCUUCCACUCCCUCUCAUCAGUGAGUUUCUCUGUGUGGCUUUGGCCAUCAGCAGACACCUCAGGUUGGGUGUGAAGGCCGCUCAGUUGAGCCUGUUUGUGCAGACUCUCGGCUCCGUCCUCGUGCAUCGGGCCAGCGCUCUCCAUGUAAACAAACAAGCAGACCGACUCACCCUUCAUCCACAGCCGCUCUCAUCUACUGAAACACUUUCCCUGCUUUUCUGCUGGGCUUCCUUGUCCCACAACAGCACCAUUCUAGCGCAAAUACAAGCCCUGUCUGAAAAGCACAAAAUAAAGGAAUUAAUGGGCUUAGGAAAGUAUAAGGUGCGAAGUAAAGGUCGCCUUACCUUUGAACGGACCCGAGAUGGGAACGCUUCAGAAGACAGCAGGACUGUGAAACAAGAAGAGAGUCUUCUGGCAGGCUGCAGAGUUCACCUCAGCAGUGUGUUUGUUUACUGGCAGCCUGUGUUUCAACUGUCAGAACCACCAUCAGCUCAGCCUGAAGGCAAACUGGAUUCCAGGCACUUGGCCUGUGAUACCGCACACCUGCUUACAAAAUGGUCCCUGAGGUGGAUGGUAGAGGACGGGUACGACGAAAACAGAACAAAGGAGUUCCUAACCUGGUUUGAAAAGGCUGUGAUCAAACACAGGGAAAUCGUGGAUGUUUUGAUGCUCGAUCCUGUCGUGAAAGCUGAUCUCCUUCAGCUCUUCCAUAACUCAUUUGAAGCUCUGGGUCACGCCAGCAUGGAAACCUGCCAGCUCUUCACCAACACUAUGAUCCGCUUAUUGGAGAUGCGAGGCCAGCUCCCGGACCUCCAUCGGGUCAUUAUCUCUGCCUGCAUGUCCGAUCAGGACCAGUCUAGACAUGAAACUGGACAGUUUUUGUUGUCUUUGUACAUCCAUGAGCUGUGGAGUGGAUCGUCUUCAGCAGACCUGUUCCUGUCCCAUGUCACCUUGGUGACCAGAGCCCAGUGCAAAAGACAAAAAGGGUCCAAAUCAACAAGGAUUCAAACAGCCAUCGGAGCCAUCUGUAGUGAAAUAAUUGAGAUGAAAAGUUAAUCAAAUGCUUGAAAAUUUUUUUGUUUAUUUUUCAAAUCCUUACAGUUUGGCAGAUUUUUUAUUUUAAUAUUUUAUUGUUGUUUUUUUUUAUUUGUUUUGUUGUUUAUUAGCCUCUAUGCAGAGUUUUGUUGUAAUAUGUUUAUGCAGACUACUCAUCUUUUAUCUACAAUAAAAUAGACAAUCUGACCAUUUUCUGUUAUUCUUUGAAUAAUUCUCAUGAACACACACUGCUGUGUAAUGCUUAUAUAACAUCUGUGUAAACAGCCUUGUACUUUGUAAGUAAUGGGAUCAUUUGCAUGUUUUUCCUGCACUGCUAAACAAAUGGUAAUUUUAAAGUGUGUUUAAAAAAAAAAAAAAAAAAAAAAUUAGUAUUUGCCA